GCUCUCUGUUUUGUUUUGCUGGUGAGAAACCGCUGGGAGUUCAUGGUGGAUACACUUUCAGAAGUCUUCGUGUUGAAAGCAGUCUCAUCCCAUGUAAUUGCUGCUGGUGAUUUCUUCAGCGUCGGAAUCGUCCGAAGUUAAAGCAUAUAGUAUGAGACGCCGGGAGCAGGAGCGAUUAGGACGGCAAAAUGGCAUCCUUAGCUCCAUUUAACAUGCAAAACCAGCCUAGGUUUACAGUCAAGCCCGUACAACGCCUGGACAGCAAAUGGCUUGCCAGGGACCUUCAGUGCAUCUUCUCAUACGAAGGACUUGCACAGUCCUGGAAUGAGCUAGUCAAAGAUGGUGAGCUGCAGGCAGUCACCAAUGAUGCACUGUCACAAGGAAGAGAACGAGCUGCAUGGUGUACCUGUGGACCACAGACUGGCAGCCUCGGCUGUCCGUGCCCCUCAUGCAUUCCACCUGCUGAGAGGGAGGCCUCCGAGCCGGAGAAAAGCUGUGUGGUCACGUCCAAGUCACUUAUCGAUGUCUGGGCAUGGGGCCCUCAGCCUUCUCUUGACCAACUGAAAGCAUGCCUCAAGACCUUGGUAUGUGAGCAGCAUCAGCUGAGCUGGGAGGCAGCUGCAUCCACUCUGUCCUCAGUGAGACUGAAGCAGCAAAUUGCUGUGGCCACUCGGUACUACACUGCACUGGUGCGCCACCGAAAGACCCCGCUGCCCGUUGAAUCUUCAGCUUCCCAUGUCAUUUGUCAGAGCCCUGACACUCGCAGGACCAAGCUUCCAUCGGAACAACCAAUGCAAGCAUUGGCUCGUGUGGGCUCCCGAGCAGCUCUCAGUUUCGCCUUUGCCUUCUUGAAGAGGGCGUGGCGCUCUGGAGAAGACUCUGAGCUCUGUGGGGAGCUGCUGCGGGAGUCACUAGAGGCCCUGCGAGCCAUGCCUGAGGCCACCCUUUUCCACCAGGAGGCGGUCUCCUCUGUCUGGCUUGAAGUGGUCGAGCGCGCUGACAAAUUCCUGCGCUCCGUAGUGCUUGGGGACAUCAAUGUUGGGGUAGGGCAGCACUCGCGUGGCUGCAGCCAGGUGCCUGUGCCUGACCAGCAGCUGGCACUGUCACUGCUGCUGGAGCUGUGCAUUCAGCAGGGCACACUGGGUCGGCUGCUCAGCGGUGUCCUCUUGCUCUUGCAGCUGUGGGACAGUGGGAAGUACGAGCUGGACAACAGGACUGUUUCUCAUGGCACCUGCGUGCCCCUGGUGACACUAUUGCAGCGAUUUCAAAGCAUUAGCUGCUCUAGGCCAAAGCAAAUGGAGAAGUGUUCAUAUGAAAAUGGCGACAUUCCUUUGGUGAACCCGACAGAGUGCUUCCUCAGCCUCCUGACGUUGCCUGAUGAUGAUUCGCUCUCAGUUGACCUCCAGCAGUGUGCUGUGGUCAUCAUGUGUCACCUCGACAGACUUGCUAGUCCCUAUUUGCCUCAAGGAUCUCGCCUGAGUCCUAAAUGCAACGGUGGUCCCAGCCAGGAAGUGCUUGCGAUCAGCUGGCUUUCCUGGGAUGCUUCCGAGCCAGUGGCACUCAGUGAACUGUCGGAGCUCUCGGUCAGGCAGAUAUGCUGUCUGAGCACAGGCCUCGUCAUUCUGAGUAGCUUGGGAAAACUGUUCGUCCUGCGUCAAGAUGAGUCUGAACUGCACAUGAUAGAGGGUUUUGGCAGCCAAGGAGUAGUGUCCAUUGCCAGUCACCUACAAGAAGACCGUUUCCUGGCUCUCAACACAGACGGGGACGUCUUCAGCUGCAGCAACAUCAUCUCUCUCCUGCAAGAUGAUGAAACGUCCAAGGGAGCACCAGUCAUUGUCCGUGUGCUCAGUGGCAAAGGAGCCAAAGGGGUGUCAUGUGGUAGCAAGCAUUGUGCUGCCUUCACCAACAGUGGACAACUGUAUGUUUGGGGAAGAGGAUGCCGUCCCUGUCAAGACAAUGCAGGGACUAGCAGUGACAGUGAAAGCAUACCCAUCAAGGUAACUUCCCUGCGAGGACACAGGGUUGUGGACGUCUCCUGCGGGUGUGGAGAUUAUGGCGGAGGUGAAAUACUCAUCGUCACCGAUGCUGGCUUGGUGUUCUCAUAUGGGCACAGUGAUGGCAGCAAACCAGCUGCAAGCUUAGAUGAGCCACGAAGCUGCCUGCGACUGGUGGAUGGACUACAUGGUGUGGAUGUGACGCGCAUCUUCUGUGGGGCCCAUUUCAGUAUGGCUCUGUCUCGUUCCUGUAUGCUGUAUAUCUGGGACAGCAGUAAACAGCAGGAUUCUGCCACUCACCUAAAAGUUGUGGGUGGACUGGAAGGGCGCACAAUCGUCGACGUAGCAAUCGGAACUUCUCACUGUGCAGCAGUCACGCAGGAAGGCCAAGUGUUCAUGUGGAACAGCAGUGAAUGGACAUCAUCAAGCUGUGCUCCCGUGCCCAAUAUGAAGCCAUUCCCUCUCUGUCUACACGCAGGAAAUGUUGUUGCUGGCAUAGCCUGCAGUGACACCCAGAUGUUUGUUUGGACUGCUGUAGACCAGGGUUCUCUUAGGCUGAGAGAGCCUUUUGUGGUUGACGUGUGCGCUUCGACAAUAGAACACAUCGAUGAACUUCUGACCUGGGCAUGCGAGGGGACUGAUGUUGCCUGGCCACCACCUCCACAAGAAAAAGAGUGCAUUGCCACUGCUGCACUGAACCUUCUCAGGCUUCAGAUUCAGGCAGCCCUCACAAAUGGAGUGGGUGCCGACCGCCUGGGCCUUGUGCCGGAGUCCCGACUGCUGUCGUCCCUCAAGCAGCGGGUGGUGGCCCUGGCCAGUGGAGCCAACAUCCUCCCCACUGUGCAGCGGGCAGCUCAGCAGGCCCUGCAGGCUGGAUGGAGUUUCCUUCUUCCCACUGCUGAUGAGCGGGCACGCGCACUCUCCCUGCUGUUGCUCAGCAGCACAGGUUCUCAAGGGGCUGAAGCAGGCUUAACCCCUGGCAAACGGUUCAUGACGGACUUGCUUGUAGGAAGUUUGAUGGCAGAUGGUGGCCUGGAGUCAUCGCUGCAGACAGCAAUAAAAGUUGAAAUUCAAGACAUUGAAGAUGCAAUGGAAAAGGAGACCAUGCCGGACAGGCAGAUUUCCAAGGAGAUGACCAGCAGCGGAGAGCAGCUCAUGUCGGACCAGGCGGUUUUGGAAUCUGAGACAAAGAGGAGCCAAGUGGUUUCAGAAGAUGCGUCAGCUGCAAUUCCACUGCUGCACCUUGUCAAACAGCUGUUGAGGAACACUGCUGUGCAUACCAUGGCAAAGCUGCAGAGCUUUUUUCCCGAGAAUGCAAGUACUGGCGCUAAAAUGGCUGGGUGCUCUCUGAAACUGAACCUUGACCAAAAGGAGCGUUCUCCAUCACUGGAUCUGCUACUGAGGUUCCAGAGGUUGCUGCUGGGCCAACUGUACCCUCGUGAGGAACAGGCUGGCUCCUCUUCAAGUCUUGAUACUGAAACCUGUGGGGCUGCAUCACUUCUUUGGAAGUAUGUGAGCCUUGUUGCUUGCCAUGUGGAAGACAUCCUCUCUGUUGCUUCGGUCCUUGGCUCACUUUCGCCACACCACUUUGCACUUGCUGCUUCCAUCCUUGAGCAAGAACUUACAGGUGUCCUGCUUCCAGAACUGCUUGUCUCCCUUGUUCUCCUGGAGAGCACAGUGCCCGAGAUGAUGCACGUUGUGGAUGCUGCACCAUUGCUGUCACCACUACUGGAGAGCCUCGACUGCUUCAACCAGCUGGCUCCAGGGGCCCACCUCGAAGACACGCAGGACCUGUCGUGGCCAGGUGUUGGAGGAGGCACACUGACACCACCGCCACUGAGUCGGCAGGGCCCCACAGAGGACGUGCUCAUGCUGCGCAAAGCAGAUGUGGAGAACCAUAACCGGGAUGGGGGCCUCUGGAUUGUCAUUGGAGGCAGGGUGUAUGACCUGCAAGAGUUCAGACCGUCCGCUCCCUGUGGUGCUGAUAUUUUUACAAAAUAUGCUGGUCGAGAUGCAACACAAGCUUUUGAAGCCGCCUGCCACUCAAAAGAAGCUAGAGAAAUGCUGAGCUCCUUUUUCGUGGGAAACUUUGUCGAUCACGACCAAGAGGCACCAUUAUUAGUGGAUCCAAACAGCCUGUCAUCGCCUCUGUGUGAUUCGGAGCGCACCCUGGCACACCUACUUGGUCUGCAUCUGCAGCAACAGGCCUGCGGGCCACCUCCCGAGUCCUUUGAGGCUCAACUGCAGCCUUGGCUAGAGAGUGCACUACUUCGUGGGGGUGGCCUGCUCAAAACGCUGCUGCCCCAUGACCCAUUUGAGGAGGAGAAGGGUGAAGCACGGAGCACUGGAUCAAGUGCUGCCACCCCUGUGUCCGGCAUGACACCGACAGAGCCAAAGGCGCUAUCUGCUGCAUCAUCUGCCCCGUCACCAAUAUCCGGCGCUAUGGCCGGUUGGAAUGAAGACAGCUUGGUUGAGGCCAUUGCUGAAGGACGCUUGGAUGAACCUCUGGUUGCUGGCUUUCUGCGAGCAGUUGACACCUUUUGUGAGCAGCAACAUCUUGCUUUGCACAUGGACUUUGGAGCUGACCACCCAAUUGAAGAAGUGGGCAGGCUGCUAUUAGCAGUGGCAGUCAAGCAUCUAGGCUGUGGUGCCACCCUGCUGAACACUGCAGAACAGCUGGCCCUGAAAGGCUCAUCCACCAAGUCCUCUCCCGUGCAGCUUCCAUUAAUUCUGCAGGACAUAGUGCGGAUGGUUCAGCAAACCAAGUGGUCCCUCAUCAAGGCAAGACAAGACUUGAACGGCUCAUACAAAGAGGUCUGCUGCCCUAUGUUUGAACGGUGCCGUUUCCUCUUUUACGAACUGCGGCCUGCAGUAAGCAGGGAGCUUAGGAUUAUGGAGAACCUAAAACUCAUCGGGGCUUCGUCACGAUGGAAGACAGCUACACAUCAGGUCAUUCUUCAGCAAAGAGCUGACAAAAAAGUGUUGUCUGGCGGCUCCUCUGAAGAAAACUCAUCUAUUUCGAAGGACAAGGACUCUUCUGAUGAAAGUCAAACUGAGGUUCUAGAGAGCCUUGACAUGAAGCUAGAAGCUGCUGGGACAGCACUGAAGAAGUGUUUGUCUGAAGGAAACCAACUCAAGCAGAAUGUGGUUGACCACAGUCAGUUGUUGAGCCAAAUGCUCGAGUUUGUUACACAGGAUCUUGAUGUAGAGCUCAUCAGGAAGGCCAUGUACUGCCAGAUGGAGAGGGCCAAAACAAGACUACAAGGCUUAGAAAGCAUCCUUGCUCUCUUUGAGAAAUCGUCUUUGCUACCUUCCGUUAAGUAUAAGCUGCAGUCUGGCUGGCAGGGUUUGCUCCCCAUUGGAAAGAUGCCAUGGGAAAGGCCUGUCCAUUGCUUAGCGAACUUGAACCUGAUCCCACCACAUCAGCGCAUUUCUCUUGAGUUGGCAUCGGCUCGACUCAACCUCUGGGCUGUUACUGAACUGAGGUCAUUGCUGCUGGAAUUCUGCAACACUGAAGAUGAGAACCUUCCAAUUGUUGCUCAUUCAUCUCGACACCUUGUCUCAAAGGCGAGCAUGGAGAGUGCCUGCUCAGGCUGCAGUGGCACGCUCUCAGCACCUUCUCGGUUCCUGCUGUCGGCUAUCGGUCUCCUGUCGGGAGAGCAUCAAAGUCGAAGCCUCAGCCUGCUCCUGGGCUCUGGCGUGUUGGCACAUCUGCAGACCCUGCUUCGUGCAUUGGGCCCCAGGCCAACACGUACACCUCAUGAGAAGAAUGUGAGCCUCUGUGCUGUCUUGGAAGACACCAUACGAAAGCCGCAGCCUCCAGCGCCAGCUCCGAGUGGCCUGGAGCUAGCUGCCAUGAUGAAAAUUGGCACCAGGGUGGUUCGUGGCGUCGACUGGAAAUGGGGAGACCAGGAUGGGCCUCCUCCUGGAGAAGGCCGUGUGAUUGGUGAACUUGGUGAAGAUGGCUGGAUUCGAGUGCAGUGGGACAAUGGCUCCACCAACUCUUAUCGCAUGGGCAAGGAAGGAAAAUAUGAUCUCAAGUUGGCUGAACUUCCUCCGCAGCCAGAAGUAGAAUCAAGUUCGGAUUCAGAAGAUGAGGAUGCCACAACCACAGUACCAGCCGCACAGCACCCAUCGGUGUUGCUCCAGCAGGGCUGUUACACACUUCUUCGAGCUUUGUGUGUGUCGCUGGGCCUCCACUCCAGCUCUGUUCACCCCAAAGCCAUCACAGUCAUGUCUGGGCUCCUCAGAUCCAUUAUUGCUUCAGGUCAGGGCGGCAGUCAUGGUGUGGUUCACUCGUUGUCGUCCUCCUCGGUGGUGGCUUCAAGUGCGCCCCAAUGGAUGCUUGUGGAACAGCACCAUGAGUGGGCCACCCUAGGUUUUUUGCGUGGGGUGUGCGCCACCCCAGCCCUGUGCCAGGCACUCAGCUCCCCACCAUGGGUCACUCUACUUCUGAAUGUGGCUUCCGGACCCUGUAGUAGGCCUCCCAGUGAACUCCCACUUGCCUCCCCAUCGGUGCUACCUACACAGAUUCAAGCUCUUCGGGUUCUAAGAACUCUGCUUCUCUCUUGGACAUCUGAUGACUACAGCAAGUUGAGGUUUUCCUUUGUGCAAGCACUGUUUGCCCUUCUCGGCAAAGUCCUGGUUUCCUGCAGUUACGAUCCAACAUUACACGCUACAGAUCUCUCAUGGAAGGGCAAGAAGAGUGCCCGCGCCCGGGUCCUUCUCACAGCCUCUCAUACGAGCACCGUCGCUGAAGAGUGCAUCUCACUUCUCCGUGAGCUGCAUGCUGUGUCAACCUGGAAUGAACCAAUCAACAAGCACCUGCAGCUGGGUUUGAAGAACAUUUUUGCUGAAAGCACCAGUACACCCACCACUGCUGAGACUGCAGAUGCCCUUCUCCUGGAGAAGUCCAGCUCCCUUGCUGCCCUGACAGUACUUGGAGGUGUGGACCGUCGGGUGCGCCUUGGAGGCACCAUCAACUUUAUUGAGCACCCACACGAUAAAGGGACUGUAGCUGGCAUAUCGCUGCGAGGAAAGCUACUUGUGCACUGCCACACGCGCAACAGUCUUGUCAAGCACUCCCUUGACCAGUUGGCUCCUGCCGAAGAAAAUCUCUUCCAGCUGCAGAAACUUCCUCUGAAUGACGGCAUGCUCUCCACUUGGUCCACUCUUCUCAGUCGAGCAGUCACCGUCUUGCCCAAGCUAACCACCGAUCUCGUGCAUCAGUUUCCCAAUACUGCCGAAGCAUCAGGUGUGAAUGUGCCCCUGCUUGUUCAGCAGCACCUGUUGUUGGGCAUGAUCUGUGCCACUCAAGUGCUGACCUCACAGCAGCUGGUGCUGAGGCAGGUCUUGCUUCAGAACGUGCCCACAGAGCCGCAGCCACAGCUGCAGCACGCACACCAGGCAGCCACGGCAGCUGCAACAGCAGCACCUAGUGCCGAAGAUGAUGUCACAGCUGAGAUGCAUUCUCCCAUCACCCUUAUUGAGCAGGUCAUGGCCACAGCAACACAGCCAUCACCUUUGAGGCCUGUCUUUGGGAGGCAGGAGCUUGAGGCUGCAGCCAUUGCCCUUGUCCAGUUCCUGAUAGCAGAGGGAACCCGAAAAAGGCGGUCUGCUCAACUGCUUGCUGAACUGGAAUCUGCCACUGGUGACACAGUGGAAAAUGAGCCAGUGGCAGACAGCCCUAUGAGCGAGGAAGGGGCUGCAGCGGACCACUUCGGCAAUGAUGGAGCAGCAAGCCUGCAGGCUGCUGGUCGGUCACACAGAGCAAAGUCUAAAGGAUCCUCAUCUCGGCGGUCUUCUCUCUCCACAUUGCAUGGCCCGGCAGCAACUGCUCCAGCAGCGUUGCCUAUCGUGCGCCAGCUUGUGGAAAUGGGUUUCCCAAGACAUGGGGUGGCCAUGGCCCUCAAUGCCUUGGCUGGCUCCUUCCAUGUGAUGCCCAGUCCUGAGGCUAUUGUGGCUUGGCUCCUGGAGCAUGAGCACGAAGUUCCCUGUGUCUCGGAUGAUGAGAGCAUUACAUCUCUUGACAACUGCUCAGAGUCUGACUCGUUCUCGGAUGACCUUUACGAAGAAGAGGGGGGUGGUUCUCUGCCAGAGGCACCACCAAGCACAGGCUACCUCUGCAGAGCAGAUUUCACAAACAAUGACGAUUAUGCUGUCUAUGUUCGGAACCACAUUGCGCCUGGCAUGUUGGUUCAGUGCUGUCGUACGUAUGAGGAGGUCCAUGAAGGCGACAUUGGCCGUGUUGUGGAGGUGGACCAUGACGGCCUGCACGACCUGAAUGUAUUGGCCGACUGGCAACACAAAGGUGGCGUCUACUGGGUGCGGUACAUUCACGUGGAACUGCUGGGGGACUCGCAACAAGCAGCGGCAAGCCUGCCUGCAUCUUCGUCUGCUCUCAUGCAAGCUUCGCAGUCACAGUCGGCACUGCGUGCUGGGGAUCGGGUGCGAGUGCGGCCCACUGUUAGCCAGCCCAAGUACAAGUGGGGCUCAGUGACACGCUCCAGCAUUGGCACGGUCACCAAUGUCAGCCGCAAUGGCCGCGAUGUCACUGUCGACUUCCCACAACAGUCAAAUUGGAUGGGGCUGGUCUCUGAGAUGGAACGUGUAUCUAUCAUUCAUGAAAACAUUGUCUGUGAUGGAUGUGAGACAUGCCCUAUAGUAGGAACCCGAUUCAAGUGCCGCUUCUGCAGAAACUACAACUUUUGUGAAAGGUGCUUCAAAACUAACCAAGUUCACAAGCAUCCCUUCAAUGAGAUAUCCAGAGUUGGUGCUCUGCCAACAUAUGGAGGGUACCCAGGGGAGUGCUCUCAUAAGAAGAGAUCAGUGGAUGGUGAAAGCCGCCCUGGUGGUCCUGCAGCCUUGCUAGACAAGUGGGGUCACUGUGUCAAGGCAUUGACUGUCUCGUCAAGCGAGAGCAAUGCCAAUUGCCUCAUUGACGGCACUCGAUCAGCCUGGCAGAGCUGUGGCCCACGGGGGAAGCACUGGAUACGAUUGGAGAUGCACCCUGGCAUUUUGAUCGAGCGUUUGUGGAUGACAGUUGACCCAGCAGACUCGAGCUACAUGCCUUCACUGAUAGUUGUGAGCGGUGGACCAUGUCUCACGUGGAUGUCCGAACUGCGCACCAUCCAUGUUGAGUCGACGGACAGCCAGAUCACUCUCCUUUCUGAAAUGCGAGAGUACUACCGGUUCAUUGAGAUUGGAAUUCGUGAGUGCCGAAGCUUCGGCAUUGAUUGCAAAGUGCAUGGUCUUUCGAUCUUGGGACGCCAUCGGGGGGAUGAUGAAGACUUCUCACCGACGUUUCCUUACCUCGCUUCGGACUGGGAGGACACUGAGGACGCUGUCAUGGGCACGCAGCAGCAGUCACAGAGAGCUGCCCGAGCCUCUGAGAACUUCAAGGACUUUCAGACCAAGGUUUUUGUCUGGGGCCUUAAUGACAAAGACCAGCUAGGAGGACUGAAAGGUUCAAAGGUGAAACUGCCUCAAUUUUCAGAAGCCAUUUCAUGCUUGAAACCAUUGCACAUAGCUGGAGGUUCGAAAAGUCUUUUCAUUGUUUCUCAUGAUGGCAAAGUGUAUGCCUGUGGAGAAGGCACCAACGGGCGACUUGGUCUUGGUCAUUGCAACAAUGUGUCCAUACCCCGGCAGUUGACGGCACUUGGCCAGUAUGUGGUUAGGAAAGUGGCUGUUCACUCUGGUGGAAGACAUGCACUUGCGUUGACCGUGGAUGGAAAGGUGUUCUCUUGGGGUGAAGGGGAUGAUGGAAAGUUGGGCCAUGGCAACAGAAUGAGCUGUGAAAGGCCCCGUCUCGUUGAGGCUCUGAAGUCUAAGCGUGUGAGGGACAUUUCCUGUGGAAGUUCCCACAGUGCGGCCAUCACUUCCAGUGGCGAGCUCUACACAUGGGGACUCGGCGAGUAUGGUCGUCUAGGACAUGGUGACAACUUGACCCAGCUAAGACCAAAGCAGGUGGUGGCACUGUCCGGGCAGCGCAUUGUGCAAGUGGCAUGCGGGAGCCGGGACGCUCAGACACUGGCCCUGGCUGAAGACGGCACAGUCUACUCAUGGGGUGACGGGGACUUUGGAAAGCUGGGACGAGGUGGAAGCGAAGGCUGCAGCCUGCCCCAUGCUGUAGAACGCCUGCAGGGCUUGGGCGUCUGCCAGCUUGAAUGCGGGGCGCAGUUCUCACUUGCGCUCACCCGAUCAGGACAAGUGUGGACCUGGGGCAAAGGGGACUACUUUCGCCUUGGACAUGGUUCAGAUUUUCAUGUUCGAAAGCCACAACUGGUAGAAGGUCUUCAGGGAAAAAAAGUCAUUCAUGUGUCUGUUGGAGCCUUGCACUGCCUUGCGGUGACUGAUCAAGGACAGGUGUAUGCCUGGGGUGACAACGACCAUGGGCAGCAAGGCAAUGGCAAUACCACAGUGAACCGCAAACCUGCCUUGGUGCAUGGCUUAGAUGGAAUCAAAGUCACACGAGUAGCUUGUGGAUCAUCACACAGUGUUGCGUGGAUGACGUCAGAGUCGGCGCGCACCAAUGGCCACAACCCAGUCCUCUUUGCAGUGGCUAAAGACCCUCUUGGAUCUUCUGCACUAGGCUCUGCAGAUCCCGCAUCAGAAAUGACUGCAGAACCCGAGAGCUCCCAGGACACCAAUGCACAGUCAAAGCGAAGCAAAAUGGCAAGACCAUCUCUUACCAAGAUUCUUCUUUCACUUGAUGGCAUAGAGGCCAAGCAGCAGGCAUUGCACCAGGUGCUGCAGGCUCUCCAGAUUAUGCACGCAAGGAGCAUAGUAGUGAGUGCCUUGUUGCCUCACACGGGUGUGGCUCAGCUGUCUUCAGGCAGGCCUGCGUCUUGUGAAGCAACCAGCAGUCAGGCAGAGGACCCACCUCAGGCAGCAGCUGCCCCAUCAGAGUCAGUCAGGGCAGCAACUGCUGCAGGCUCGGCGGAACCCCUGGCACCCACAGCUGACAUGCACGAGAGCCCGCCGCCUGGAAAGCUGCCUACUGCACAGGCAUCCCUAUCUGGGUCAGAUGAAAGCGAAACUCGAGCUGCCGAGAUGAUUUCAUCUGUGCCUUCACUUCCGAGCUCUGGAAGCCUAUCGUCACGGAUGUCGUCUGCUGCUGCGAGUGUGUUUGCAGCAACAUUUUCGUCUUCGGAACAGAUGACACCAGCAGAACCAGAAGCUAUCCACUCACUUCUUGAUGAAUUCACUGCACGGCUAACAGCCGAAGAUGCCCGAGCUCUCGUUGACCUGCUGAAAUUGGCUGUUGCUGGGCGUGCCAGUGAAAAGGCGAAGGAUGCAAUUUCAGAUGUCCUUAAGGCAAUGGCACAAGCGAACCCACUGGUUGCAGAAAUGCUGCUUGAGAUCUGUGUUACAGAACUGGAGGAUGUGGCAUCAGACAUUGAGUCCAGGCGCUCAGUACCUCUUCCUGUUGUACAGGAGUCCAGUCAUCCUUACACUGACGACACCACACUGACAGGACAUGUUAGGAUUCCAGGUGCUGAAAGUCUUCAGAUUGAAUUUGACAGGCAGUGCUCCACAGAAAGACGAAACGACCCACUUUUUAUUAUGGAUGGCUCAGGAAGAACCGUUGCUACCAGAUCAGGCCGGGAAUGGUGCAACUGGUCCCCUGAGGUGCGAAUACCAGGCAACGAGCUCCACUGGAAGUUCACCAGUGACAGUUCAGUGAAUGGCUGGGGGUGGCGUUUCACUGUGCACCCAGUGGUGUCCCCUGGUGGCACGGGAGCUGACAGCCUCUCAGACCGGGCCUUCCUCUCCCGUCCUUCAGUUGAACUGGUUGUCUGCCUGCUUGAUCUGCGCAGCUGCGCUGAUCGUGCCAUCGCCUCUCGCCUGGCAGCUGCACUUGCAGCCUGUGCUCAGCUCAGCUACCUUGCCCCCUCACAAAGGAUGUGGAUUCUCCACCAGCUCAGGCAGCUCAUGACGGCAGGAGUGGGAAGGUCGCUGAAUGUGUCUCAACUUCUUGUGCAAACGCCUAGCAAUCCAGACCUGUCUCCUGAGCAGCUCCCUGCAUUGAACCCAAGUGGUUCCAGUGACACAGCUCUUGUAUGCCUACUCAAGGCCCUUCCUGAGACAUUGCUUCGCCAGUUUGAGUACGAGGAUCCCAUUGUUCGUGGUGGGAAACACCUGAUGCAUAGCAACUUCUUCAAGGUCCUGGCAGCACUGGCAUGCGACCUUGGACUUGACUCUCUCCCUUGCUCUGGCGACAGUCAUCGCUGGGCCUGGUUUCGACGUUACUGUGCUGCAUCCCGAGUUGCAAAGGCUCUUGUGCACCGCACCUCUCUGCCAACUUCCUUCUGCCUUGAGGUGCGCCAGCGCAUUCAGGAGCUAGCACAUGACCCAUCUGAUGCAGCGUUUGUGAAUGACCGGGAAACAGAAGAUGAAGCAGCCAUGUUUAGAGACCAUGAAGAGCACACUGUCUUUAGGCAGGAGCAUGAUGAGCAGCUGAUCCACUGGGUGAACAGGCGUCCAGAAGACUGGACUCUUUCCUGGGGUUGGAGUGGCACCAUUCUAGGCUGGGGCCACAAUCACAGGGGCCAGCUAGGUGGUGUAGAAGGUGCCAAGGUCAAAUUGCCUAUGCCCUGUGAAGCACUGAGUGCUCUGCGGCCUGUUCAAGUCGUCGGAGGCGAACAGACGCUCUUUGCUGUCACUGCUGAUGGCAAAGUGUAUGCUACAGGCUAUGGAGCAGGUGGAAGGCUGGGUAUUGGCGGCACUGACUCUGUAUCAUGCCCAACACUCCUGGAGAGCCUGCAGCAUGUGUUCAUCAAGAAAGUGGUGGUGAACUCGGGAGGGAAACACUGCCUUGCUCUGUCAGCUGAAGGGGAGGUUUACUCCUGGGGGGAGGGUGAUGAUGGCAAGCUUGGCCAUGGCAACAAAAGCUCCUGCGAGCGACCCAGAGUGAUCGAAAGCUUGAGAGGCAAGGAGGUAGUAGAUGUUGCCUGUGGAGGUGCUCACAGUGCCUGCAUCACUGCCAGUGGUGAACUCUACACAUGGGGCAAAGGCCGCUAUGGACGACUCGGACAUGGAGACAGUGAUGAUCAGCUCAGACCAAAGAAGGUGGAAGCUCUCUCUGGGUGGCGAGUUCGCUGCGUGGCCUGUGGCAGUGGUGAUGCUCAGACGCUCUGUGUGACAGAUGAUGACUGUGUGUGGUCCUGGGGAGAUGGGGACUACGGCAAACUAGGCCGAGGUGGCUCUGAUGGCUGCAAAGUACCGCUUCGUGUGGACCUCUUGCAAGGCAUGGGUGUGAUAAGAGUUGAGUGCGGCUCCCAGUUCUCAGUGGCUCUGACAAGUUCAGGCUGUGUGUACACCUGGGGAAAAGGGGACUACCAUCGUCUCGGACAUGGCACCGAUGACCACGUUCGCCGGCCUAAGAGGGUGGCUGCCCUGCAGGGCAAGAAGGUCAUUUGCAUUGCUGUUGGUUCGCUACACUGCGUUGCAUGUACUGACUCAGGAGAAGUCUACACAUGGGGUGACAAUGAUGAGGGUCAGUUAGGUGAUGGCACUGUCAACGCCAUCCACAAGCCUCGCCUGGUCGCUGCUUUGCAGGGAAAAAAGAUCAACCGGGUAUCCUGUGGUUCUGCACAUACUGUGGCCUGGUCUACAUGCAACCCAAGCACGGCAGGUGCUUGCGGAAGAAUGCCACCUGCUGUACCAUUGGAGUAUGACCUACUUCAGGACAUCCCUAUACCAACACUGCGUAACCGUUACGCAUUGCUCUACCAUUUUUCUGAGCUGUUCUGCCCUUCGCUCUCUAUGUUUGACCUUUCGGGAUCAAGUGAAAUACAGCAGGAAGGACUCAAUCAACUCAGAGGCCUGCUGGUGCUUUCAGGAAAAGAAGGGGCCUUUCGAAAGGUGGUUCAAGCCACUAUGGUCAGAGAUCGGCAGCAUGGCCCUGUCGUGGAGCUGAAUCGAAUUCAGGUCAAGCGCUCAAGGUCCAAGAAUGGAUUAGCUGGACUCCAUGGAACAAAGUCCGUCUUUGGGCAGAUGGUGUCAAAGAUGUCGUUACUGACUCAAGAAAACCUCUUGCUGCCUCAUCGUGUAUGGAAAGUCAAGUUUGUUGGUGAAAGUGUGGAUGACUGUGGGGGAGGCUAUAGUGAGUCAAUUGCCGAGAUGUGUGAUGAACUUCAGAAUGGCUCCCUCCCACUGCUGAUCUUGACUCCAAAUGGCCGUGAUGAGGCAGGAACCAACCGUGACUGCUUCUUGCUUAAUCCAGCAGCAACGUUGCCAAUACAUCUCAGCAUGUUCCGUUUUCUAGGAAUACUCAUGGGCAUUGCAAUCCGUACUGGGAGCCCAUUGAGUUUGAACUUGGCUGAACCUGUAUGGAAGCAGUUGGUUGGCCUUCCUCUGACACCUGCUGACCUUAAUGAAGUGGAUCGAGACUACGUACCAGGUCUCAUGUGCAUUCGAGACAUGGAGCCGGAGGCUUUCCAGAAAUUAGACAUGCCCUUUGCAACACAUAGCGCGACUGGUCAGGAAGUUCGGCUCAGUGCCAAAUACCAAAGAGCAACUGUGGAAAACCGUGCUGAAUAUGUGCGGCUUGCCCUCAACUAUAGGUUGCAUGAGUUUGAUGAACAAGUGGCAGCAGUGCGAGAGGGCAUGUCAAAGGUCAUUCCCGUUCCAAUGCUUUCUUUAUUUACCGGCCAAGAACUGGAAACCAUGGUUUGUGGAAGCCCUGACAUUCCAAUACAACUACUAAAAGCUGUGGCUACAUACAAGGGUGUGGAGCCAGACAGUCUGCUGGUGCAGUGGUUCUGGGACGUCAUGGAGGAGUUCACUAAUGCAGAGCGGUCUCUAUUCCUGCGCUUCGUGUGGGGACGCACUAGACUACCUAGGGCCAUCGCAGACUUCAGAGGCAGGGACUUUGUACUCCAGGUUCUGGACAAGUACAGUCCUGCAGAUCAUUUCCUUCCCGAGAGCUACACGUGCUUCUUCCUCUUGAAAAUGCCACGUUAUUCCUGCCGUGCUGUGCUCCGCGAAAAACUGAAGUAUGCAAUCCACUUUUGCAAGUCAAUCGACACUGAUGACUAUGCUCGUGUGGCCCUUGGUGCUGAAGAUGACGUGGACCUGGCGAGUUGUGGGGCUGCCCAGUUUGUGGAUGAUAUGCCACACUUGGCCAUGGAGGAAGGCCUUGCAACAAGUGACAGUGAGGGGGCUGCUGUCGAGUCCCUAGGAGGUGCCUCUGAUGAGUGCAGCAGCGAAGUCUGACAGUUUUUAGCAAUUUCAAUCCGGUUGAUGUAUUUGCGGUGAUUUCUCACUUGCAAGUGCACGCUAUUGAGUAGCAAGUGAGAAAAGGAAGAGGCUGAAGAAAGUAAUCUGAACAUUAUAUUAAGUGCAUAAUGUUGCAUCAGUAAAGCAGCCCAGUGUAAACAGCUCUCUUGGUUAAACUGCUGGCUCAUUUGUGCUCAAAUUUCCAGAGGUGACAUUUUCUGGUGCAUUUAAUUUUUAUUGGUGCUCACUCCAUCCAGAGUAUAUUAGAAACACAUGGUCUGUGGCGAUGGUCAACAAGAAACAAAUUUUCACAUUAGGUGGAACAAUAGAGCGUUCCGUCAUUUAGAAGGUGAAACCACUCUGCAUCUCGUCACCUUCGUGAUGGGCAGUUCAGCAUCUCACUGCAGUUAGACACAGCUGCUCUGUUUACUGAGAAAAGUUUUUUGAUCUGUCAUUGCCACAGGUGACAUGCACUGCCGAUUUAUUCUGAAUAAAUGGGAAGGGGGGGGGGCAAGUACUGUUUGCAAGCAUGAUGGUGGAAUGUACCACGAAGUGCUAUCUCUGCUGAAAAAUUGAGCAUGAAUAAGUCAGCAGUGUUGCUGGAAGAGUAAUUUAUUCCGAGCUCUCCUAUAGGCACAACAUACUGUACUUGCUAAGCCAUGCCAUGCCAUGUUCUCUGGAAAGAUUGUGGCAGAGCUAAAUUUAGCUUCACAGUGAUUGUUGUUUUGCACAACAGCAAAGAACAACUGCAAAAAGUAUAUGACUGCAAUGCUCCUGAGAACUUGAGUUUAGCCUAUUGCUGUAGAUGCCUUUUCCGACUCGUUCAUUGAAGUUCAGAACAAGGCGUGACCUGCAUUUCUGUUUUAGCUCUUUCUAUUCAUGUGGCAGUAAUGAAUCAUGCACAGUUACUGCACAUUGCUUUCUUUUUUUAUUCACUUGUAUUCAGAAGCUCAUUUUAUAGUGGAUAUGAAUGCUUUGAGCUUUAUGUCAGCAAUUUCAAGCUGCUACUGUGAUGUACAUUACAUUUCAUAGAGUCUCUAUGGUCUGGUGCAAGCAGGCUUCCAGAUUUUAUUUUGUUGCUGUCCAACACUGAUCUCAUUUGUGAAUACUACAUUUUUGUUUAUUUCAUGGUGUUUUCAAUGCAGCUGUUUGUGUCAUGUGGUGACCAAAUGCACACAGCAGAGCUGUACCAAUUCAUUGAAUGGCUGCAGAAUGUCCAUCAGUGUUUACAGUUUGACCCGGCAGAAGACUACUGGGCUUUGUCUGAUCUAUGUGCUGUGCUUUUUGUAGCAUGUUUCACACAUUGUGUGUCAUGUGCUUGAUGUAUAUGGUUUAUGCAUAAAUAAAUUGUUGCUUGACAAGUA